AAUGGCGUACUUCAAGGCCGUUGCCUACUUGGCUGCUCUCGCUUCUGCGGCUGCCUUCAACCCAGGAUCUUCCUUUGUUCCUCGCUUGAAUGCUCCCGCUACCCAGCCAAAGGCCGCUAAGAUGACCGGCCCCACCAUGCAGGCUGUCCCCUGCGGUAUCAACGGCUUUGGACGUAUCGGCCGCCUUGUUGCUCGUAUCAUGAUCAAGGAUCCUGAGACCAAGCUCCUCCAAGUCAACGCUGGAUCUGCCACCCCUGACUACAUGGCCUACCAGUUCAAGUACGAUUCCAUCCACGGACGCUACAACGGAGACGUUGUUGUCGAUGGUGACGAUCUCAUCAUCGAUGGACAGCGCGUCAUCACCACCCGUGCCCGUGACCCCAAGGACAUUGGAUGGUCCAAGACUGGAGUCGAGUACCUCUGCGAGUCCACUGGUGUUUUCCUCACCGCCGAGAAGGCUCAGCCCCACAUCGACGCUGGUGUCAAGAAGGUUAUCUUCUCUGCCCCCGCCAAGGAUGACUCCCUCACCGUCGUCAUGGGUGUUAACGCCGAUGACUACAAGGGUCAGACCGACUUCAUCUCCUGCGCCUCUUGCACCACCAACGGAUUGGCUCCCCUCGUCAAGUGCAUCAACGACAAGUGGGGAAUCGAGGAGGGAUUGAUGACCACCAUCCACGCUAUGACCGCCACUCAGGCCGUCGUUGACUCUUCUUCCCGCAAGGACUGGCGUGGAGGACGUGCUGCCUCUGGCAACAUCAUCCCCUCCUCCACUGGAGCUGCCAAGGCCGUUGCCAAGGUUAUCCCCGACGUCAAGGGCAAGCUCACCGGCAUGGCCUUCCGUGUCCCCACCAUCGACGUUUCCGAUGCCACCUAUGAGGAGAUCUGCGCUGAGGUCAAGCGCCGUGCCAACGGUGACAUGAAGGGAUUCCUCGGAUACACUGAUGAGCCCCUCGUUUCCACUGACUUCGAGACUGAGGCUAUCUCCUCCACCUUCGAUGCUGAGGCUGGUAUCUCCCUCAACCCUCGCUUCGUCAAGCUCGUCGCCUGGUACGACAACGAGUGGGGAUACUCCAACCGUGUCAAGGACUUGAUGGUCCACGUCGCCAAGGUCGAUGCCAAGGUCAAGGCUUAAUUUGUUUGUUAUUUAUAGAUUGGUAUCUUAGUAUCGUGACAGUGAAUAAAUUAGUGAAACGAGC